AUUGUUUCCUGUUCGGGAAAUUUCCUGUGAUUUCACGAUAAGCGAUAAUCGACGAUCGGUAGUAGAUUAAAUAAAUCUUGGUCUCCCUAGUCAAUUAGUGUACGCUUGACAGUGUAGUAUACGAUAAAUUCUAGAAAUUUCAUAGAAAUUAUAAUUAAAAAAAGAUUUACAACGAAUUCGGAAUUACUUGCUACGGAAUACAGCAUUCUGUAUACGUGUAGUCGAGUGCGCUACAUAUUGCAAUCAAUCGUACUUCACUUGUAUAUUUGAUAUAAUUUAACUAAUCGUGUGAUAUUCAAAAUGUCUUUGUUUGGAUCUCUAAUGGGCGAUUUCGAUGAUGAUCUUAUAUUUGGAUCUCAUAUGCGUACCAUGAGGCAAAUGAGCAGCAUAAUGAAUUCUUUUUUUACCGAUCCAUUCGGAAUGAUGGGUCAGAAUGCAUUAACUGAUUCACAAGAACGAAGUGGAGUACAUCACAAUGAGAUGCAAAUGAUGCCGUUUGCCUUUCCGACUAUGCCAGCUAUGAACUUCAAUAGAUUAUUCACCAAUUUCGAUAAUUUGGCAACAAAUGGAAACUGUCACUCCUUUACAAGCAGUUCUGUAAUGACUAUGGCCAGUGGUGCAGAUGGACGCCCACAAGUUUAUCAGGAAACAAUGUCUACAAGAACUGCACCUGGUGGAGUAAAAGAGACAAAAAAAACUGUAUGCGAUACAAGAACUGGAACAAAGAAAAUGGCUAUUGGUCAUCAUAUUGGGGACAGAGCCCAUAUUCGUGAAAGGGAACAGAAUAUUCAUAAUGGAGAGCAAGAAGAACAUGAAGAGUUUAUCAAUCUUGAUGAAGAUGAAGCUGAGAGCUUUAAUACUGAAUGGGAAUCAUGUACAAGACGAUCUGUAGGUGCAAUUGGAGGGGCACAUCAUAAUGCAUAUGCUAACUACAAUAGACGUCGUCCCGACAAGCAACUUGCUUUACCCGAUGCAUCAGGAAGAUGGAUACCUUCUUCUAGGCGCAAUAUUAAAGCUUUACCUUCUAAAACUUAUGAUUUGGCUUCUACUUCACGCUCUGACCCUCUUGCAUCUUCUGAAGCUACCUAUCAUAGAAAGACUACUACAGGAUAUCGAAAACGUAAACAUACUCCAGACACCGAAUUUAAGCAUAAGCGUCCCGCAAUGUGAAAUAGUAAUGUUUUAGAAUGUCUUAGCAUAUAAUCUCUCAAAAUAUAAUUAGCUUUGUCUGUAACUUCUCAGUAAUCAUUACUAUUUAUGAAAAACAAGUUGCAAUUUAUUUGCAUUACUAUUGUAUAAUUAAAAAAAUAUAAAAUAUAUCCUUAUAUUUGAAUUCAUAGAAUACAUCAGAAAAGAAACGUUUCAAUUGGGAUAGUAUUUUAAUUU